ACGAGUGUGCUAGAAAAGACAGUUAAGAUAGCAAUCCCAAUAUCUUUGUGCAUUGAUAAGAUAGCCAGCAGUGUUCUCUAGUGUUAUAAUUAACAAACAACGUGCAUUAUAAGAUACACGUUUUUAAAUAGUGUUACACUUAGAAUUAAACUGUGCCAGUGUUUGUAAGUAGAGCUACCACCAGGACCAAUUGGAUUGGGUGUUUUUUUAAACGAAAAUAAUGACUGAACUCGCUUGUGUACUUUUCAAACACAGUUCAUCGCUUUUAAAACAGACAUUGGUUUGUUUUAAUAAAACAUUUUAAAAUAAUAUUAAUUGUUAAGAGUGAUCGUAAAUUAGCAAUAAUAACCAUUUGUGCAAAGUACUGUAUGGAUAUUUAUAGUGGUAAUCAAAGUACGUUUGUUCCAUCAUUUUGACUAAUUUGUUAGUCCGUGUUCAUUAAAAUAAACUUAAAAUAGAAAAGUGACCUGCUAAUUCAUGGACGAUCAAGAUAUGCAGAAUGGAUAUGAUGUGAGCGGAAGUGAGGAUGGCGUGCAUGGAUCACUGACACGAAAUGAUCUUAGCUACUCCGUGCACGGAGACCACAAUUUCGUCACAUCUCUCGCCGGGAACGGGGUCAUCCGUCGCUCCCAGGUGGCCAGCAACGGCGACUUGUACCAACAGCAACACAACCAUCUGCACCAGCUCCAGUUUGGCAUGAGUACCGGCUCCACUGCCCGUCACCUCCCCCUGUCGUUAAACAUCUCGGAUCACAUGGCCCACACGGGGAACCCUGGUUUGGACAACAAUCCCGUGGACCUUUCCAGCGCUAAGCUGGUGGCUCAUCAGCAGAAUCACCCGGUUCAUAUGAAGGACGAGAGACUCUUUGACCAGGAGCGCUAUUUCCAUUACCACCAUCAGCAGCAGCAACAGCAGCAUGCGAUACACUUGAGGGCGCCACACCAACACUCGCACCACAACUCGCAUCUGCUGCAGCACCACCAGCACCACCAAGCUUCGUCUGUGAUCACUGUGGGCAUACCGGAUCAAUCGCAUGAUGGUGGAGGUCACCUCAUGGCAGGAUCACUUACUCCGCCAGACAAACUUAAUGGUGACCUUGUGGGUCUACCAUCUCCUAGUGGCCUGGACAUGGCAGCCAUCACUUCCACAAUGCAGGCCCCACCUUCACCUCUGCCCACCCCUUCCCCACCCUCCGUAACUGCUUCAUCUAAUAGCUGCAGACAGCCCAUGGAAGUGGAUACCUCUGGAGGGGGUGGAAUGUUGUAUAACAAUAGUUCUGUUCAUGAUCCCUUCCAGGAACAUGUGCUUUCUAGAGAAGCCAUGAGGGAGUAUCUUAGGAAAAGAGAUGAUCAAACACUUGUAAUUCUACAUGCAAAAGUUGCGCAAAAGUCAUAUGGAAAUGAGAAAAGGUUUUUCUGCCCACCGCCUUGUAUCUACUUGUUUGGGAGUGGGUGGAAAGAGAAACAGGAGCAGAUGGAGAAGGAAGGUGCCCCUGAACAGGACACUCAAGUCUGUGCUUUUAUGGGCAUUGGAAACUCUGACCAGGAAAUGGUGCAGCUCAACCUGGAGGGAAAGAAGUAUUGCGCAGCUAAGACUCUGUACAUCUCAGACUCAGAUAAACGCAAACACUUCAUGCUGACUGUGAAAAUGUUCUAUGGCAGUGGCCAGGAUAUUGGAGUUUUCCAGAGCAAAAGAAUCAAAGUUAUCUCCAAGCCCUCUAAGAAGAAGCAAUCAUUAAAAAAUGCAGAUUUAUGUAUAGCAUCAGGUACAAAAGUUGCCCUCUUUAAUCGUCUUCGCUCUCAAACUGUGAGCACACGCUACCUCCAUGUUGAAAAUGGCAACUUUCAUGCAAGCUCCACUCAGUGGGGUGCUUUCACCAUUCAUUUAUUGGACGAUGAUGAAGGUGAAUCUGAGGAGUUCACUGUCAAAGAUGGAUACAUUCACUACGGAUCAACCGUUAAGCUUGUAUGUUCAGUCACUGGAAUGGCCCUACCACGUCUGAUUAUUCGCAAAGUUGACAAACAAACAUCACUGCUGGAUGCUGAUGAUCCUGUAUCCCAACUACAUAAGUGCGCUUUCUACCUCAAAGACACAGAACGGAUGUAUUUGUGUCUCUCCCAAGAGAGAAUAAUUCAAUUUCAAGCCACACCGUGCCCUAAAGAAUCCAAUAAGGAAAUGAUCAAUGAUGGUGCAUCCUGGACUAUAAUCAGCACAGAUAAAGCUGAGUACACAUUUUAUGAAGGCAUGGGGCCAGUCAAUAAACCUGUUACACCAGUACCUGUUGUCAACAGUUUAAAUUUGAAUGGAGGUGGGGAUGUAGCAAUGUUAGAACUUAAUGGGGAAAACUUCACUGCUGCUCUUAAAGUUUGGUUUGGAGAAGUUGAGGCAGAAACCAUGUACCGAUGUGAUGAUAGCAUGUUGUGUGUUGUCCCUGAUAUUUCUGCAUUCCGUUCUGGUGGGGGAAGAUGGGUGAGGCAACCAUUGCAGGUCCCUGUGUCACUAGUGCGCUGUGAUGGUGUCAUUUACUCUACUGGACUCAUCUUCACUUACACCCCAGAGCCUGGUCCCCACCAGCACUGCAAAGAAGUGGAUAAAAUCUUGGGCCGCACACCAGCCAGUCCUGAUUCAACAUCCAACAACUUCAGUACCUUGUGAUAAAGAGAAUGUUUUUUUUUUAAUUCUAUAAAAGCUUGUGGCUUUAAUAAAACAUUUUAAAAAAUAACAUUGAAAUAUACACCCUGCAUACAACAUAACCACUAAACAUCAAAUAAUUGGAUUUAAUUAGUGUAAAAAUUAAUUAAUAUAAUUUUUAAAACUUUAAUCCCAAAUAAUUAGCAAGUUAACUGUACAUUUAUUGUUACAAACUUUUAAUGCAAAAGAUUACACUUGAAUGAUUUGUGUGUGAUAGAUACCUAUAUUAUAAGAAUAUUUGUGUUGACACUAUGGUCAAAAAUGUAUAUGUGUGUAUUUACCCUUAUCUAAAUUAAAUUACUGCUGACAUUACUAUGAGCUCUGUUUACUUAAGUAAAAUGAGACUUUUUUUUUGGAUUAUCUCACCAUUUUCUUGAGUUAUAAUUUAUUGUUAUUGAGUUAAAAUUUAUUUUCUCUUAAGACAACCUCCGAACUAUUUUUUAAAGAGUUUUUCUCAUCUAAUAACUAUCAUUUCCCUUAAAAAAUGCCUAUUCAUUCUGGUAAAUAUACAAAUUUUGCAGAUUUUUGUAGCGUAAUCAAUAUUUUCAAAUUAUCCUUUUUAUUUAGGAUUUCUUAAAAAUGUUUAAAAUAAAUUAGGAUUUCAUUUUUAAAUUUUAAAAAAAAGUUUUUGUGUGUGCUCUAGUUAUUCUUUAGGUCAGAGUAUAAGAAUUCUCUGUGAUUGCUUUUUUUUUUUUAUUUAACCAGAUGGUGAUUUUUUUCCCCACUACAAAUCUGUUUUUACCAUUUCUUUUGCCUGCCAUAUUGAGGAAUGUUGAGUGUGAGUUAUUCCACACCUUAACUCCUUACAAAAAAGAACUCAACUGACUUGGUUAUAAGCUUAGUUACAUGCCCUUAGUUAAAUCUAAUUACAAGUAUGCACAACAAUGCAUGCUACAAUGUCUAGUUCCGUUCCAUUUACUGUAGAAAUGCUUAUUUUCACAUUCCAAAAAGCCUAAUGUAUAUUUAUAUAAUUGUGUCGUUGGAUAUUCUUGUAGGUGGGUUGGGGGAUUUCAGAUAUUUUUUUUUUAAAUAAUUAUUUUAUACAUUAUCAAUUACUCUAUAUACAUAAUUUUAGAUGUAGCUAAUUUUAAAAUCUUUAAGAUUUUUACGAAGGAUUUUUUUCUUUCAAGCAUUUAAAUUCAUUUUAAAACCUUGUAGUCAGUUCUACCUCAAUGAUCAAUCAUUACCUCAGUCGUUACCUCCUCAUUAUUAAACAAAGAAAAUUCUUAUUUGCUUGAACACAUACAGAAGACAGAAAAAUAAGUAACUUACCUCGUGCUACAGUUUUAGAUCCCUUUUUUGUCUAAUGCUAGACUGUACCAUUUUUUUUUAAACAUUUAUUCACUAACGGUUUUUUUUUCAUGAUUUACUUAAGAUUCAGUUGCUGUAAUAUAUUAAAAAUUUAUUGUUACUGUUUUCCAUGUUUGUUUAAACAUGGCAACUGGAUUUGAUUUUUGUCUAUAUGAAGUAUUAUUUUUAAAAAGGCAACAUGUUUACAAAAGCAAUUUUUUUAUAAGGAAGAAGAGGGUCAGAAUCCCUUGUAAAGCCUCUGUUUUUGUUCAUCAACCAUUUAUUAUGUAACUUUGUCUAGCUGGAGACAUUUUUGCUAUCAAAACCUUUGUUUUUGGGACUCUGUUAAUAAAAAGUCCAAGUCAAAAAUUUAACUAAGCAAAAAAUGACAUAGUUUUAAGUUAUGUAGAUUUUAAAUUUGAUAGAAAUCCUUGUAUUAAAUAUAUAUGCAAUUAAGUUUGAUUGUUUUUAAAGACAUGCAAUUACAUUUUUUUUUAAUCAUGCAUCUUUUUUACUGACACAAAAUGAUGCACUUGUAUAGAUUAUUUAGUACUGCAAGUACUGCUGACUUUGUAUCUCACUGUUUUAGCUACUAUUUAUUUAUCUUCUAAUAAAUGGCAUCAUGAUUUUUUCCUUGCUAGCUGAUAUGUUCUAAUAUCUUUUUUUUUCUUUCUGUUAUCUGUAGUAAGACUGUAGGAACUGCAUUAAGGUCUAGACAAUCAAAAUAUUUUUUUUUAAAAAAGCACAAAGUAUUUAUAUAACCUCAGGAAUUAAAAACAAGAAAUUUGAAAAUGUUUAUUUGUGCUUAUGCAGUUUACAAUUAACAAUCCAGAAAUCAGUAUUUGUAACUGGUUUUGAUAAAACAAAUGCUGUUUUAUUUUUUGAAGAAGACCUAACACUACUGCAACAGUUGUUUUAUUUCUUGAGGUUUUUUUUUUUAAAUAAAAUUUCAAGUGCUUUUGAAUGUAUUAAAAAUCUCUAUUACGUUUAGAGUGUCAAUAGAUAAGGAAGACUUAGGGAACUUGUAUAGGAAUGUGUGAGGUUGUUAACGUUACAGUAUGUACAGUAUUAAAGGAUAGAUCAUUUUAACAUGUUUCUUACCUCAGUCUGUAAAUAGUGUAUAAAGAAGUAGAUUUGUUACGGUUUUUUUUCCAUUCAAAUAGUGUAUAAAGAAGUAGAUUUGUUUACGUUUUUUGUUUUCCAGACAUUCAAAUAGUGUAACUUGCUUUAUUAUAAAUUAUUGGUUUGUAAAUUAUGCAUGUAUUUAUUGUAAUCUCGUCUUUCCUAUAUUUCCUUUUGCUUGCAUCAUAUACUUAAAGCUAUGUUACUUGAGUUAUUAUAUAAUCAGUCAGUGGUAGUAAAAUUCACCUUUUUUACUGACAAGGCUUUUCAAUAUUAGUAGAUAUAUAGUCUGUUAUAUAUCAAAAUACGUUAAUUUAUCCAAUCUAGAUAUUAGUUCUCUAAAAUUUGUUCUCAUGAAAGUCAUAAUUUUUUAAGAUAGAGGUCGGUAAAUCAGACAUAAAAUUUAGCUUUGCAAACUUUAAAAAUCAAACGUUUAGAAUUUAAGUUAGUAAUAUUAAGUUAGUAAUUUAGCCCAAUGUAUUACAAAAACAAUCGUCCCUGGUUUAUGGGAUGGGUUUUGUGUGUUUGGCUGUGAUCAUUAUUUAAGAGUACCACUCACCCUCCCAGUAAAUCCAUGGUGCUUUAUUUUUGCUGUUUCGCAUCAUUAAAUAGUGCCAGACAAAAUGUGAAUAUAGCUUGUAAAAAAUUGUGUAUUUUCUAAGGUUUCUGUUGUCAAUGACUCCCAUUCAGUAUUGGUACAUGAUAGAGCCUGUUCAUUUGCCAGUGAUAAAUUUUGAAUUAUGCUAAAUUUGACUUCACUGCUGCCUACAACCUUUUAAAAUUAAGGAUCCGAUUUAAAAAUUAUUUAUACUAAUUUCAUCUUUAUUUUGAGAAAAUAUUCUGAUACCCAUACUAGUAUAAGCUACAUCUAUCUUUUAAAAUUAAGGAGCCAUUUGAUAAAUAUUUAUUAAAUUCAUAUGUAUUUUGAAAGAACCACUGAAAUCUUGAAAAUAUUCAACUAAAGAGAUGAUCAGUAAAGAUAACAGAGGGCUGGCCAUUUUACAGGCAAAUGUCAAAUUUUAAUAAUUCACCUUUGUCUCUUAUAGCAUUAUUCAUUAUUUAAUUACUGGCAUCUAAGGUAAAAUACUUGAAAUGGGAGUAUAACCCAGCUUUAAACCAAACCAGAGUUGGUUUUUUUUGUUGGGCGUUAUCUCCAAAACAAAAUUGCUGUUAUGCAAGUUUUUUCCUAGGAAAGAUGUAACCCAUAUACUGAUUGUUGUAUUUAUUAGACCACCGCACAAUGAAUCUUUUUGUAAUCACAUUUUUUAGUUUGUUUCACUGGUUGUAAUCACAGUUUUUAAGUUUGAUUCAAUGUCUGAGUGUUGUUUGAGAAAUGAAGUUGUGUGUUGUUGUUUUAUUUUCUUUGCAUCAGUAGGGUUUAUUUUAAUAAAAAUGUAAUUACUUACAUUAAAAAGCGCACAUUUAUAAAAUCCAACUAUUAAGACAUUAUUAUUGGGAAAUACAAAGAAAAUUUGUAUUAAAUCAGGCACAUGAAUAGUUGGCUUUUUAAAAAUUUGAUCAAAACUUUAAUGAUAUUACUGGCCUAAGUUAAUUAUUAGUUAUUAGAAUCUAGGUCAAUGUUACACUGUUAAAAAUUAAUUAAUCAGAUUUUUUUUCUUCAAAUUAGGGAUUUGCAUUUCAACAUUUACUAUUUUUAGGUCUGAUCUUAACAUACAUUUUUUUUAAUGUAACCAAUGUCUUCAGCUUGUUCAAGAAGUUAUUUACAUUUUUUUGUGCAAGUUCCUUUAAUUUUGUAUCAUAGCUAUAGUGAGUGCAUGAACUUUGCCUUGACCAUGCCAGUAGUUUGUGUGUCAUCUGGAGUGUACAAUACUGUAAAUACUCUCUUCUCCUCUACAACAUAUUGGGCUCGGAUACAUGUUCACUAGCAGGAUGUACAAAUGUAUAUAAUUCAUGAAAAUAAAUGGUUAU